AUGAGCAGAGGUAUGCUAAGCGUUAUUGCCCUGUACGUAUGCAUUGAUAUCAGCAGAGGAUGUUUUUCAUCUGGAGUUUGUGAUGGUGGUUACGGUUGCACACAACCGGUGGUUCCUGUAUGUUCUGGCGGUUGUUCUCCUGGAUAUGCUUGCGGCCAAUACGGCUGUUACUCCAGAGCACGUGCACGAUCCUCGAAAAUAGUUGAUGAUGUGAUAAACGACAAGCACACAGAUGAUGCUAUUAAUGCGGUAGCUUCUUCCCCUGCUGCAAAACGCCAAGAAAUAAACGCUGAACAAAUGACUAAUGAACAGUUCUAUGAAUGCUGUCUUUAUCAACAGCUUCCGGAUAGUUGCUUAGAAAAGUGUUCAUAUGCUACGUAUACAAAAAAUACUUUGCAGGCCAUGUAUCUUCAUUUUGAUAAAUGUCCACUGUCAGCAUUAGCUGAUAUAUCGUAUUGUGCUGCCGGUGGACUGGAUCAUACAGAAUGCUGCAUACGUAACGAUGUUGCAACAACAUUUGCUGGAAGGAAAUGUCUCACAUUUUGCGACCAACGACCUGGAAAUGUGACGAAACUAGACUUUUCCUAUCUACCCUGCUAUGAACGCUUCGAAAAUAUCAAGAGUUGUUUUAUGGAGCAUAUUGGUAUCAAAAAUAGACCAGCAACUGUUGAUAUAGAACUUGCACGAACAUUCGAAACUUGA